CAAUGUGUUAUAAAGUUUAUUACUGCAAUUCUGAUAGGAGCAAAUAAAUAAUCACAAGUUACUAGCUAUCGUCAAAUUUAAGAAGCAGCAGCAAGAGGCGCCAGCUGCUUCGAAGAGAAUUCAGGAUCUUGUGCAUCAAUUUCUAUCAAUUUUUUGACGUUUUAUUUGGCGUGCAGGUAUUCUGAUCGGAGUUUUGAUAUUCAAUGGCGGAUUCGUCCACAAAUUCCUCGGUUGUGGGGGGAAAUGGAAUUGACGAAACAUCACCGGAUUUGUUGAAGAACACGCCCUCUAACAUUGCCAGGUUAGAGGAUUUGAUAGAGAAUUGUAAGGGUCGUCAGAUGUAUCUUGCGCAGACAAGGAGUCCUUCAGACGGGGGUGAUGUCCGCUGGUACUUUUCCGAGGUUCCUUUGGCUGAAAAUGAGUUAGCGGCCUCAAGUCCUCAAACUGAGAUAGUGGGAAAGAGUGAUUAUUUUCGUUUUGGGAUGAGGGAUUCUCUUGCAAUAGAGGCAUCUUUCUUGCAGAGAGAAGAAGAGCUGCUGUCUAUUUGGUGGAAAGAGUAUGCUGAAUGCAGUGAAGGUCCAAGAGGAUGGAGUAGCUCCAGAAAGAAGUUGGGCAUGGGAGAGGAUUCGUCUUCUGCAAAGGGUUCUCAAUCAGCCCAACUAUACACAUUUGAAGAAGAGAGGGUUGGUGUCCCUGUAAAGGGAGGGCUCUAUGAGGUAGAUUUAGUUAAGAGACACUGUUUCCCUGUAUACUGGAAUGGAGAAAAUCGGCGUGUUCUAAGAGGUCACUGGUUUGCUCGUAAAGGGGGCUUGGAUUGGCUUCCACUUCGUGAAGAUGUAGCUGAACAAUUAGAGAUUGCAUAUCGCAGCCAGAUUUGGCAUCGAAGGAAAUUUCAACCAUCAGGACUUUUUGCUGCUAGAGUUGAUUUGCAAGGCUCUACCCCAGGACUUCACGCACUUUUUACCGGAGAAGAUGAUACUUGGGAGGCAUGGCUCAAUGUUGAUGCUUCUGGUUUUUCCAAUGUUAUUAAUUUUGGUAGAAAUGGAAUCAAGUUAAGACGUGGUUAUGCUGCAUCUCAAUCACCCAAACCGACCCAGGAUGAAUUGCGUCAAAGAAAAGAGGAAGAGAUGGAUGAUUAUUGUUCUCAGGUUCCUGUUCGACACUUGGUCUUUAUGGUCCAUGGUAUUGGUCAAAGGUUGGAGAAAUCUAAUUUGGUUGAUGAUGUUGGCAACUUCCGCCAUAUCACAGCAAGCCUUGCUGAGCGGCACCUGACUUCACAUCAACGUGGCACACAAAGAGUCCUUUUCAUCCCAUGUCAGUGGAGGAAAGGCUUGAAGCUCAGUGGUGAAGCUGCAGUUGAGAAAAUCACACUAGAUGGCGUGCGGGGUUUGCGUGUUAUGCUGAGCGCUACUGCUCAUGAUGUGUUGUACUACAUGAGUCCUAUAUACUGUCAGAGUAUUAUUGACUCGGUUUCAAAUCAGCUAAAUAGGCUGUAUUUAAAGUUUCUUAAACGAAAUCCUGGUUAUGAUGGAAAGGUUUCAUUAUAUGGGCAUUCUCUGGGAAGCGUCCUCUCCUAUGACAUCCUAUGCCAUCAAGAACAUCUCUCUUCCCCAUUUCCAAUGCAGUGGGUGUAUGAAAAAGACUCAAAAGAUCUGGAAUGUUCUCCUGAUAUGAAUAACCAGUCUUCUAAAUGCAGUUCUUUGGCAAAUCUUGAGGAAAAGAACUCCACUAUGAUGACAAAAGACACAGUGGAUUGCCUUGGUGAAGACAUGAAGGUUCCACUACCAAAUCCAUUGGUAAUUGAAGGACUAGCUGAAGAUAAAUCUUUAAUUGAAGGACACGAUGAAGAUAAAUCCAUAAUUGAAGGACAAGACGAAGAUAAAUCCUUAACUGAAGGGCACGCUGAAGAUAAAUCCUUAAUUGAAGGACACAUUGAAGAUAAAUCCUUAGUAUCAACUAAAAUUAAUGCGGCAGCUGAGGGCUCUAUGCAGAAAAAUUGUAAUGAGGAUGUGCAUCAAUUAUUUAAUGAUUUUAGUGGAACCCCUUGGCCAGAGGAGGGUGGUCUUUUGGAGAAAGAUACCGAGGAAGAGAAUGAAGAAGCCAGAGAUACAGAUAAAACAAUCAAAAUGUUUAGAGAAGAGAUUGAUUCCCUAAAAGCGAAAAUUGCUGAGCUGGAAUCAGAAAACUCUGUCGAUACUGGUGAAAAUGAGGAGAUGAUUAUGCAAAAACCACCUACAUUGCAGAAGUUUGAUCAAAAGCUGCCACUGAAGCUAGAUGAUACAACAAAGUGUUAUACUCCCCAUAUCAGAUACACAAAGCUUGAAUUCAAGGUUGACACAUUCUUUGCUGUGGGAUCACCCCUGGGAGUGUUCCUCGCCCUUCGCAAUAUCCGUAUUGGACUUGGCAAAGGGCAAGAUUAUUGGGACGAGGAAAAUAUAUCUGAAGAGAUGCCAGCUUGUCAUCAAAUGUUCAACAUUUUCCACCCAUUUGAUCCUGUAGCAUAUAGAGUAGAACCACUUGUUUGUAAAGAAUAUAUCACUAAAUGUCCUGUCAUUAUCCCUUACCAUAAAGGUGGAAAAAGGCUGCAUAUUGGAUUUCAAGAAUUUACCGAACGAUUAGCUGCCCGUUCUCAUGUAGUAAUGGAUCAUUUCAGUACUGUAAGAGCUAAAGUGCUCACAGCUUGCCAAUCGAGAAACAAUGACAACCUUGAAGAAGAAGAAAAUGUAGAAGAAACAGAGGAGAGGUCGUAUGGUUCU